AUGGCAUCCGAUAAUUCUAGCAACAAUGACCUUCUUCUCCAGCAGCUGAAGGCCUUUGACGAAUCCAAAGCUGGUAUAAAAGGACUCGUGGAUGCCGGAAUCACAAAAGUCCCACAGAUUUGCAUCAUACCACCGAAGGAUCGCGCCAGCCAGGAACCAAGUGCUGGAAAUAUCCCUGUCAUUGACCUCAGUGACAUUAUUGUGAAGCGUGAUGAGGUGGUUGAACAAGUCCGGCAGGCUGCAGGGGCUGUAGGGUUUUUCCAGGUGGUGAACCAUGGGAUACCGAAUGAGUUAAUGGACGAAAUGAUAGAGGGGGUGCGUGGAUUUCACUACCUACCAAAGGAGGAGAAGGCUGAAUACUAUACUAGAGAACUCCUGAGGAAUGUGAAGUACUUCAGUAGCUUCAAUUUAUAUGAGUCAAGAUAUGCUUCUUGGAAGGACACCAUGUUUAGUGAAAUGGCGAAUCUUGAUCCUCAAGAAUUGCCACUGGUUUUAAGGGAUAUAAGUUUACGGUACUAUAACCAAGCUUACAAGUUAGCUAUUACUUUGUUUGAACUGCUAUCCGAGGCACUAGGGCUCAAAUCUAACCACCUUGUAGAGUUGGGUGGUCUGAAAGGGUGUCUUCUAGCCACUCACUUCUAUCCACCAUGUCCUGAGCCUGAGCUGACCAUUGGCAAAGUCGCCCACUCGGAUGGUUGUUUUCUCACCAUCCUCCUUCAAGACCAAAUUGGUGGACUCCAGAUUCUAAGUGACGAAAAAUGGAUUGACAUUGCUCCUGUGCCUGGAGCUCUAAUUAUCAAUGUCGGAGAUUUCUUGCAGCUAGUCUCUAAUGACAGGUUCAUAAGUGUCAAACACCGAGUGUUGGCCAAAAAGAAAGGUCCAAGAAUAUCUGUGGGAUGCUUUUUCAGAGAUAUUUCACGGGAAAGUUUGAACAAAGUGUAUGAACCAAUCAAGGAGUUGACGUCUGAUGAUGACAAUCCUCCAAUUUACCGAGGAACGAGUGUAAAAGACUAUGUUGCAGGAUAUUACAGGAAAGGACUCUUCAAUGGCGCAUAUAACGGACUAGAAUAUUUGAAGCUGUGA